AUAAGAAGAAGAAGAGACACGUCACACACAGCAAAUGUCAUUCUAGUAAAAAAUAUUUGCAAAUUGGACACAUCUCGUUGGAGCAUUCGAAAAAAGCUGUAAUUUAUUAAAUGAAGAAAUAGAAAGUAGUUCAACAUCCAUUACAAUGAGUGGUCGCAAAAACGAAACAAGGGCGGAACACCGACAGUUGGAGGAACUGAGCGAGGGAAGACAAAAUGAGCUUGUCUCUCAGAAAACUACUAGUGUUCACCCCAGUGGCAGCGUGGAUGACUUGGUCCAGUACGUUGGACUGUAUGUCCGCAACCCCCUAUUUUUGAGCGGACUUAUAUUGCCGUUUGUUCCACUGUAUUUUGGGGCAUUUUAUUUAUGGAUUGCAGUAUACGGCAUCGAGGAGCACUAUGAAGCCGGUUUGGUUUCAGUGGCCGCUAUUGCAUUUGUACAUAUUCUAACUUUGCUGUGUUGUUAUUGGAGCGUACAUGUGUUGGCAUUCCUAAAUUGUCGUAAAGUCAAAGUGCCAAAGGCGGGUGUACUGGCCAAAGUAGUACCUACAGCCAACAACGGUUCGUCAGAAUUUGUGGCGAUAAAGAGCGCCAAGUAUGAAGACGACCGUGAGGUAUUCUAUUUUUACUUUCAAAAAACCAAGUAUAUUUGGGACGAAGAUAAAGCCACUUUCAGAGGAAUAGAAUUUCCAGUCAAUGAACUGCUGAGUCACUACGCCAAGUCACGUGGCCUAGAGACCGAUUCGUCCAUAACAUUGGCUGAACAAACGUACGGCAGAAAUGACAUGGAAAUGGUUGUGCCGGAAUUCUUUGAUCUUUUCAUUGAAAGAGCAACUGCGCCAUUCUUCGUGUUCCAAAUAUUUUCGGUUGGUCUGUGGUGUUUAGAUGAAUACUGGUACUACUCGCUAUUUACAUUGUUCAUGUUAAUUGUAUUUGAAUGCACCCUGGUCCAGCAACAAUUGCGUAAUAUGUCCGAAAUCCGUAGAAUGGGAAACAAACCGUACACACUAAAUGUGUAUCGAUACAAUAAGUGGAAAAUGCUACCAUCGAAUCAUUUGCUUCCUGGUGAUUUGGUUUCCAUCACACGAUCUCAAAAUGAGAAUUUAGUGCCUUGUGAUUUAGUACUGCUACGCGGAAGUUGUAUCGUGGACGAAAGCAUGCUAACUGGCGAAUCUGUGCCACAAAUGAAGGAAUCAUUGGAGUCUCUUGACAAUUUAAAUACAGAGCUUGAUGUUGAGGGCGAUGGAAAGUUGUUUGUGCUAUUUGGUGGUACCAAAGUUGUACAGCAUACACCACCAACUAAAGAUGCAAUGAGAGCUCCCGAUGGUGGUUGCAUUGGCUAUGUGAUACGCAAUGGGUUCAGCACAUCUCAAGGAAAACUGCUCCGUACAAUAUUAUUUGGCGUUAAACGUGUAACGGAAAACAACUUGGAAACAUUUGCUUUUAUUGUAUUUCUAAUGAUAUUCGCAAUUGCUGCCGCAGUAUAUGUCUGGAUUAAGGGCAGCGAAGAUCCCGAAAGAAACCGUUACAAAUUGUUUUUGGAAUGCACCCUCAUUUUAACCUCAAUCAUACCACCCGACCUACCAAUUGAAUUAACCUUGGCUGUGAAUACUUCCUUGAUGCAACUGUCGAAAUUGUUUGUAUUCUGCACAGAACCAUUCCGUAUUCCAUUUGCCGGUAAAGUUCAAAUUUGUUGUUUUGACAAAACCGGUACUCUAACAUCGGACAACUUAAUGGUCGAGGGUGUUGCGGGACUCACAGAUGAUGGUGCAAUUGUAUCGAUGGAAAAAGCAGAGGAAAAUACAAUACAGGUCUUGGCCACAUGUCAUUCGCUGGUGAUGUUGGAUGAUGGGUUGGUUGGAGACCCACUGGAGAAGGCAACGUUGACAGCGGUGGAUUGGAAUUUGACCAAACAAGAAAGUGUAAUUCCAAAACGUGGAAAACUAAAGCCAUUGCGUAUAUAUCAACGCUUCUAUUUUUCAUCAGCUCUCAAGCGUAUGUCUGUUCUAGCAGGUCACCUCGGUCAGUUUAGCAAUGAUGUACAUUACAUUGGUACCGUAAAGGGAGCACCUGAAGUUUUGAUGAAAAUGCUAAAGGAAGUGCCUAAAAAUUAUGAAAAGACUUUCUUGGAAUAUUCUCGACGUGGAGCCCGAGUUUUGGCUUUAGGCAUUAAAGAUUUUGGUACACUAAGCUCACAGCAAGUUCGUGAACUAAAGCGGGAAGAUGUAGAGUGUGAUUUGACAUUUGCCGGAUUUGUCAUCAUCUCUUGUCCCAUGAAACCGGACUCUAAGAGUGUCAUUAAGGAACUUAUUGAAGCAUCACAUAAAGUAGUUAUGAUCACCGGUGACAAUCCUUUAACCGCUUGCCAUGUUGCCAAAGAGUUGCGUUUUACGCGGAAAAAGCUCCUGAUAUUAUCACAAUCUAAAAAACAAAAGGGUACUUGGCAAUGGGAAUCCAUUGGCGGUGAAAGUGUCUUUGAUUUAUCAGGCGAUUUGAAGGCGACGUUGGCUGAGCAUGAUUUAUGCAUAACCGGAGAAGGUUUGCAGUACUUGAAGGACUUUGAAUACAAAAAGAUGUUGAAAAUACUGCCACGCAUUACGGUAUGCGCUCGCUUUGCUCCCAAGCAGAAGGAGUAUGUAAUUACCACUCUUAAACAUCUGGGUUUUUGUACUCUCAUGUGUGGUGAUGGCACAAACGAUGUUGGCGCUCUUAAACAUGCCAAUGUUGGUGUUUCAUUACUCAGUAAUGCUCCUGUUAAAAAAAGUUCUUCGCCAACUGCACCUGGAGCUCCAGCUCCGAUUGCUACUUCAGAGAACUCUAAUACAAUAGCACCAUUUAAUCAAAGACCAGUUGGUCGUAAUGCUGGAGUUGAAAGGGCAGGAACUCGACAGAACAAUCAACAACCUCUUUCGCCAAGAGAUCGUGCACUGCAACAGAGACGUGAACAGUUAGCUCAAACACAAGCAAGGCUCCAAUCUGUUUUGCGUGAAAUCGAUGAAGAUCAAGUGUCCGUCGUAAAACUAGGAGAUGCUAGUAUCGCUGCGCCUUUUACAAGCAAAUCUUCAUCUAUUAUGUGCGUCAAUCAUAUCAUAAAACAAGGUCGGUGUACAUUGGUCACAACUUUGCAAAUGUUUAAAAUCUUGGCCCUAAACGCCCUUAUAUCAGCCUACUGCCAAUCUGUACUUUAUAUUGAUGGUGUGAAAUUCAGUGACACGCAGGCUACGUUGCAGGGACUUUUCAUUGCUGCGUGUUUCUUAUUUAUAACAAGAUCUAAGCCUUUGAAAACCUUGUCUAAGACCGCACCAUUGCCAAACAUUUUCAACUUAUAUACAGUUUCCACCAUUCUGUGCCAAUUUGCAGUUCACUUUACAGCAUUGUAUUAUCUAACACAAGAAUCUACUGCCAGGGCACCGCCAAGAGAGGGCAAAGUUAAACUUUACAUUGAUAUGGAUGCUGAGGAAAAACAGAAGUUCGAGCCAAAUAUUAUAAAUAGUACCGUGUACAUAAUUUGCUUGGCAUUACAAGUAUCAACAUUUGCUGUUAAUUAUAAGGGCCAUCCUUUCAUGGAAAGUUUACGGGAGAAUCGUUUGUUGCUGUAUUCAAUUCUAAUAUCAACUGGUUUAGUUUUCAUGUUGGCCUUGGGUUUGUCUCCUGAGCUCACCAACACAUUUGAAAUCGUUGAUUUUCCCAGCGAGUUCCGCCAAAUACUAUUAUAUGUGCUGUUAGCAGACACAAUUGUGGCGUAUGUGCUCGACAGAGUUUGUUCAUUCCUCUUCGGCGAGACUAGAAGAAAGUCAAGUAUAUUGAGUUCUUGAAUAUCAGUUCAUCCCAAAGAAUUUACAUUUCCCCCAUUAAAUAGUCAAAUAGUAAUGAUUGACAACGGUGAUGAUAUAAAAAUUAUAAAUAUACUUCUAUUGGGAAUUUAGAUUUUUAAUGGAUUUAUGGGUUAUGUUACAUAUGAAUGUGUAUUAGUUUUGUAUUUUAAUGCAGAAAAGAAUCAUUUGUUAUACUUUUAAAUUAAAAUUGAGUCGAAAAAUAAUAGGUUAAUAAAACACAUUUAAUAUUGAAGAAAACAUCACUGGCACAAUACGCUGAUAUUUUCUCACAUACACAGAAGAAGCAUUUGUACGUUAAGCAAAUUCAUUAAUGGGAAUUAUUUAUUUAUUCAAUUUUUGUUUAAUGAAGCAAAGAAAUGGUGUACAUAGCUUACAUUCAAUUACUGACAUACAUAAUUCAUCUUUAUAAAGAACACAAAUAUAUGCUAUUUAUUUGUCUUGUCUCGCUCA